GUUGUGGUAGGGAAAGAAGAUGACAGAGAAGGAAGGAACGCAGCCUGGACAGACUGUCUGUUCGGAUACGACAGACGAUGGAGUGUCGAUGGUUGAUAUUUUAGAAGAAGAAAAACAGCUUGAAUCAGAUGCAAAUGCUGUUCUGGGAGGCAGUGAUGAUAACAACUGUACGUAUCCGAAUGGAUAUGUGGGACGCCAAGCUCUGUAUGCUUGCACAACUUGUGGUAAUGGGCGGGAAGUAGCAGGAAUUUGUUUGGCCUGUAGUCUGAAUUGCCACGAAGGACACCAGCUGUAUGAGCUGUAUACAAAGAGGUUGUUUCGUUGUGACUGUGGAAACAGCAAGUUUCCAGAUAUGAAGUGCAAGCUUUUCCCAGACAAAGAUGCCACAAACAAACACAACAGGUACAACCAGAAUUUCAAAGGUGUGUAUUGUAUCUGCUCAAGGCCUUACCCGGACCCAGAAGAUGAUGUGGAAGAUGAGAUGAUUCAGUGUGUUGUUUGCGAAGACUGGUUACAUGGCCGACACCUGGCCACCAAGUUCCCACCAGACCAAGACUUUCAUGAAAUGAUCUGCGCUGAUUGCAUGAAAAAAUGUGACUUCUUGUGGGCAUACAUUCCUCAGUGUAAAAACACAUGUGUUGUAUCAAAAGCUGAGGUAGGGUCCCCAGAUGAUAAAGUUGAAGUGGACAUUAAAUCUGAAGAGAAAACUGAAGGGUCUCUGACAGAAGAAGUAAGUGUGAAAAAGGAUGAUAAUGGUGAUCUUCAUGCCUCCGACAGCUGCCUACUGAAAUCUCUACACAACUGUGAAGUUGUUCCUGGUGACAGUAGCGUUUUCUGGCCUGACGGGUGGCGAAAAAAAUUGUGCCAGUGUGCAUCAUGUUUAGAACUGUACAGUACGUUAGACGUGGGCUUUCUGGUGGAUGAGACUGACCCAGUUCAACAUUAUGAGGAUAAAGGGAAGGCCCAACCUACCAGCUCUCAGUAUGACACGGGCAUGCAGGCGCUGUCCAGUAUGGACAGGGUGCAGCUGGGGGAAAUGAUCCAUGGCUAUAAUGAUAUGAAGAAUUCCCUGAGAGAAUAUUUGAAAACAUUCGCUGAGAACAAACGCAUUGUCCGGGAAGAAGACAUUAGAGAAUUUUUUGGGCAAAUGGAAGCUCGAAAACGCCGCAGAACAGACAACAGCUAAUCAACGCUCAGUGGACAAAGAUGGGCUGGAAAACCAUUGUAUCAGAUUGCCAGAGAGAUGAAGUCUAUGAUGUCUUGCUGCACGAGGCUUAACUUAAUUUUAGAACUUUUUAGUUACAGACUUGCAUUUCAUGGCUUGAUUAGUGUUGAGCAUUUGUGAAACGAGAAAGCUUGUAUGUGUAACUGUCCAACAUUGGUUGUCUUUCAUAUAAGUUAAUUUUACUAGUGUUACACAUUUGUUUAUUGUGCUUAAGCAUUGUUUUAAUUCCUUAUUUGUACCGUUGCUUAUCAUUAUGUAAAUUUCCAAUUGGUCAGAUUAUGUAAACACAUGCAAUAAAAAUUUGAAUUUUAGAAAUUUGA